UAUUUGACUGACUCGAUUAGUGACUUACAGUCAUGAUACUUAUUUCAAACAAAGAGUACAUAGAUACGUUACUCAUACUAUAAAUAAGAAGAUUACUCAAUUUUCUGAAAAUAACUGUAAUGAGCCAAUGUACAAGAAUUUAUAUCUUCGUUGCUAUUAUAAUGCGUCACGGACGAACAGAAGAUAUAUUGGGUACGGUGGAAGAACAUCCAGCUUGGCAAAUAAUAGACAAAUUCGAGUGUGGCUUUAGUGCAUCUGACCGCAUAAUCGGGGGUAUGAAUGCAGCUCUAGGACAGUUUCCAUGGAUAAUACGGUUGGGCUAUUACACAAAUGGAGAGAAGGAACCUGGCUGGUUAUGUGGUGGUGCCCUCAUAACCGACCGCUACGUCCUCACUGCGGCCCACUGCGUACAGAGCAUUGCAGAUGAAACUAAAUUGUCAUCUAUUCGAAUAGGAGAAUAUGACACGAUGACAAAUCCAGACUGCCAAGUGCAUGUAUGUGCACCUCCAGUACAAGACAGAAAGAUUAAAAAAGUAAUAAUACAUCCGAAUUACGACAAGCCGCCCUUUACCAAUGAUCUGGCCAUAAUUUUGAUGGAUAAGCCCGUUGAAAUGAAUGAUUACGUUUUACCAAUUUGCUUGCCUCGUUAUCAUCAACUUUGUAAUGUUGACUUGGGUGAUUAUGUGACGGUAGCCGGCUGGGGAAAAACGAACAUGACCACUGAAGCAAAAGCUAGAAUAUUGCAAUAUGUUUCGAUGCCAAUAAUGAGACCUGAAACCUGCAAUUUUUUCGGAAAAGGGUUAAAAUUAGCUGCAUCGCAAAUCUGUGCCGGAGGUCAGCGAAACAAGGACGCUUGCGUCGGUGACUCAGGAGGGCCAUUAAUGAAAGUUUUCGACACGCUAGAUGGCCCGAAGAGCUUUUUGAUGGGUAUCGUAUCAUUUGGUCCAACCAUCUGUGGUAUUAAAAAACCUGGUGUAUAUACUUCUAUCCCCCAUUUUCUUAAAUGGAUAUUAAAUAACAUUAUAUCAUAAUUUAUAUGUGCUUGUGAAAUAAAAUUUCUAAGUUAUUUAUU